GAGGUAUGAUAGUGAUCCAACUGUCAGCGACAGCUGGUGUUUUCUAAUGUUUGGUUAUAAAGUUUUUUCUUUUGUUUAUGGGAUGGUUGAAAAAUAAAUCAAGUUUUCACCGAAGCUGAAACAUCGUGCUGGUGAUGUAAGAUGGACAGAAAUCUGCAGUCACCAUCACAUCUUACAGAAUUUGCUCCUUUAAGUCCUGAGCCAAGUCAGCCAGGUGUUGGAUUUUUGUUGUCUAAGUUCUUCAAAUUUAAUAAAGGUGGCCCUGUGGCAGAUUUUAAUGCUCCAUCACCAACACAAGUAUUUCCAGAUACCCCUGUCAAAACAGACUGGCAGUCUUCUGAUAACUUGGAACAGAGGGACACUGUUUCUGAUGACUUGGUGACCCAGUUCCCUGUGGAUGUGGGUGAAGGAAGAAGCCUCCCUAAUGUGCUUAAGAGGAUCAGCAGUCUUUUGGCUCUCAAGAGCACAGAACUUCAGGCAUACAAAGACACAGACUUCAAACAGUACUGGAUGCCAGAUUCAGUAAGCAAGGAAUGUUAUGACUGUGGUGAGAGGUUUACAACAUUCAGGCGUCGUCAUCAUUGUCGUGUAUGUGGACAGAUCUUCUGCUCUCGAUGUUGCAACCAAGAGAUUCCAGGCAAGAUCAUGGGGUGCACAGGUGACUUACGUGUGUGUACUUAUUGCUGUAAAGUCGUACUGUCCUACCUGCAGUCAUCAGAUAUGGGUGCUGAUCUGUCUGCUGAUCUGAGGGCCUUGCAGGAAGACCUACAGACAAAAUUUGGUAACACAGCUCCAUCCUUGGCCUCAUUAUCACAAGGCAGUACCAGCAGUACAUGUGGCAAUAUUGCAGAGUGUCAGGAUAAUUCCUCAGGGACUAGUCGUAGAAAAUUGUCACUUAAUAUCCAGGAAGAUAGAUUUGUGCUUGGCAGAGCCCAAGGGUCUAAUUACAUGAGUAUGGAGGAGCGUUGCCGUGUACUGCAGAAAUCAUCAUCCCUUCGAGCACUGUUUGAAGACAUCUGUCAUCCAAAUAUGGGGAUGACUUUACAAACACAUCGGUAUCAUCUGCGCAAUUAUCAUAAUUGUUUCUUAGGCAGUGAGCUUGUGGAUUGGUUGUUAACACAGAGUCAUGCAGCUACAAGAAUUCAGGGUACAGCUAUAGGGCAGACUUUGAUAGAAGCAGGUUACCUGGACUGUAUAGGUGAACAGAAUUUUCUGGAUGCUUAUGCCCUGUAUCGACCACGGCAAGUGUUGUCACCACUACAGUACAGCAGUCCAACAAGUCCGAUUGAAGAUAAUGGGAGGAUUAGCCAUGAAGCACAGGAACCUUUGUGGGUUAAACAAAUUCCACAGCAGGAUUCUGUCACCACUGAUUCAGAAUCAGACUGCCAGCUGUCAGAACACGAUGAAACAUUAAGCUUGCCUUCGUCAAGUUCUUCAUUCUAUCUGGACCUCAAUGUGGCUGAAAACAGUGUUCAUAUCAGUCGGCCUGUGGCUGUCAAACAGGAUCAACAUCAAACUGACAGUGAGCCAGGAGAAGUGAAGUCUCCAGCACUAGGUAAUAAACAACUGCUGGAGAGUUCUCAUACAUAUGGCAUAUCAAGUGAAUUUCUCUCUGGAACCCUUCUCCUUCAGAAUUCCCAGAGUAGGGAGUCAGUUCCUACAUCUGGAUGGCAUAAUGUCACACAACUACGGACUUAUAAUGGAGAACAGCAGGCAUAUCUACAGCUCAGUAAUGGAUUCAAGCAGCACAUGCACAACUUAUUAAAGCAACUGCUGAAUUUAGAGGGCUUAUCGCAGAGCUGGAUAGACAUUGUGGUGCCUUUGGCUCAGCAGAUUGUUGAUACUGUUCGGCCUGAUGUGCGAAAUGAUGCUGAUGAUAUGGACAUUAGGCAGUAUGUUCAGUUUAAGAAAGUUCCUGGUGGAAGUCGAAAUGAGAGUUGCAUUGUAAAUGGUGUAGUAUGUUCCAAGAAUGUGGCCCAUCGUGCAAUGUCCACAGAAUUGGUCUCACCUCGCAUACUGCUUCUUGGCUGCUCUAUUGUAUACCAGCGUAUUGAAGGCAGGCUACUAUCUCUGGAACCAGUCAUAAUGCAGGAACGUGAAUACUUGCGUCAUGUAGUAGCUCGCAUUGCCAACCUCCAACCUGAUCUGGUUCUCGUACAUCGCAAUGUGUCUCGAUUGGCACAGGAGUUUUUGUUGGCCCUGCGAGUAACAUUGGUGCUUAACGUUAAAGCAAGUGUUCUGGAGCGUGUUGCUCGAUGUACUCAGGCAGACAUUGUCACUUCAGUUGAUGCUCAUAUAGGUCGUCCACUGUUGGGAACUUGCAAGCGAUUCUACCUCAAAACAUUUCAGAAUGAGAAAGGUUCCAGUAAAACAUUAAUGUUUUUUGAAGGCUGUUCCUUGCAGCAUCUUGGUUGUUCAGUAUUGCUUCAUGGUGCAACAAACAGUGAACUUACUAAAUUGAAACGUGUGGUCAGUCAUAUAGUGUUUACUCAGUACAGUUGGAGACUUGAGAAAUCAUUUCUCAUGGAUGAAUUUGCUAUGCCUCCUAGCCCUCUGCAUGACAGUUUUUUUGAGGAACCUAUAACAAAUGGUAGUUCUCAGGAUGACCUUAUUUCGUCUCCAAGUAAGGCCAAGUUGUGCCUUAAAAAUGGCUCUGCAAAAGUAUUAUCAACUUGUGAAAUAUUGCAUAAAAGUUGUGAAAAUGUAGCCAAAGAUUCGAUGUUAUAUAUCCAUUUAUUGUCACACGACAACAAAGAAUCUGCUGACAUAGCAGUUGUGAACAGAGAAAAUGUUAUAAAUAAUGUUGCUGAUGUGCCUGUGUCAUAUGCGUUGCCUCGUAACACAGGAGACAUAAAUACCAAAGAUGAGAAUAUUCAGUCAUUAAGUAAAAGCAAUGUCCUUUCAAUUUCAAAUGUGCAGUUAAAUAAAAAUGUACAAAGUGAAAAUUCUUCUACAGCUGAUAAAAUGAUACAUUUAUGUAAUAAAGCAGAACACAUUAUAGCUAGUCAAUGUGCAGAUUGCAAUAAAACAUUACAGAAUGAAAACAGGAAAAAUGUUGACUUUGUUGUGAGUGAUAAUAUGAAUAUCAUGUAUUCUUCAGCUUUACCUAGUAAAAAGGAUAAGUGCAUUUGUGAACCUGUUCAUAAGUUGAAAGGAGUUCAAGACAAUGUUAAAGAGGUUCUAGUAAAUGAAACUUAUCGUGAUAAUUGUGAUGCUAAUAAAACACAACCACUUCGUAUUGGGAACAAGGAGAAGUCUCUAAGUGAAGAAAAACGAAUGAAUGUUGAAUCUGUGAGUGAUUUUAGUGAUCCACUACAUUUGUACCUGAAUCUAGAAGAUGAAGUUUUUCAUGCUGGUAACCAAAGUACCAGUUGUGGACAGUGGUUAUCAGUUGCUGAAUUACCACUCUCAAAUAGGUUUCGUAAAGCUCUGGAUGACACCAUACUAUCUUCUUCACCCUACCUGAAGUUUACAGUGCCAUACUUGGAAACAGAACCUGGGCGGAAUUGUGUUCUGAGGAAAUUCUUCCCAGAUGAGAUCUUUUGGUCUGCACAGUUUGGUACACUAGCAGGGGGUGGCAGCAGCAGCAGUGCAAGGGCGAUUGCCAGUGGUGAAGUAAAUGAUGUAUUAUCUCAAGAAGGCGAUUCCAAGUUUAAGGAAAUUAAGCUUAGACCCCAGCAUCCAUUUGUUUCUGCAAAGCUUACAAGUACUGUUGAAAGUUGUGAAGUUCAGACUCUGCUGGCACAUUUCCGAGCAUGUGGAGGUCGAGUUACCUCAACCCCAACUUCUCCUGAGCUGUUGCAUUCAACUAAGGCACCCACACAAGGCUGUAGCACAACAGGAGAUGCAGUAAAUACAUCAGCAGUUAGCAAACAAAGUUCUUGGCCUGAUGCACUGGAUCCUGCAAAUCAUCAGCGUCUAGCUGUGCUCUUCUGCAGCUAUUCUCAUGAAUCUCAAAAUGCCCCGGCAUUUUGUGUUAGUCCUUGGGUUGUAUUCAUGAAUUUCUAUGGACACAAUGACAUCCCCCUGGGAAGCUUCCUAGAGCGUUAUUGUUUCCGUCCAUCUUAUGUUUGUCCUUCAGAAUCAUGUGAGACUCCAAUGGUGCAUCAUGUUCGCCGAUUUGUGCAUGAUAUGGGCUGUGUUCACAUAAUUCUGAAGGAGCUGGAAAAGCAAAUCCCAGACACUGAAGGAAAUGACAUUGUUAUGUGGAGUUGGUGCAGUAAGUGUAGAAUGGUAUCACCAGUUGUGCCAAUGUCAGCAGAUACUUGGUCAUUGUCUUUUGCUAAGUACUUGGAGCUGCGUUUUCAUGGAGGGAUGUACCGAAGACGUGGGCAGGAAGGCACUGUGUGUUCACAUUCCCUUCAUCAUGAACAUUACCAGUAUUUCGGAAUGAGGAACAUAGUUGCAUCCUUCAAGUACACCAGUAUUACAUUAUGGGAGGUGUCAUUGCCUCCACCUGUCAUUGCUACAUAUUAUGACCCACAGCAGCAGACUAAUGUUAUAGAAGAAAUCAAAUUCCUUGCAUUGAAAGGAUAUGAAGUGUACAGCUGCAUCCUAGAAAAAAUUUGCUUUUUUGGAACUGAUUUGGAUGGGAUAGGAUUUAUGAAGCAGCAGUUGCAGAAAGAACAAGUACAUUUUAAGUCAUGUAUUGAGGAGAUUCAAUUGAAACUUACUUCACCUACACUUGAAGCUAAGAAACUGGAAGGACAGAUUGCAGAAAAAGAUGUACAGCAAUUAAUGUGGCGCAUUGAGGACUCUGUAGUGCAGCUUAAACGUCUUAUAGCAGAUGUUGUUGUUACUUGGAAUGCUAAAAUUCAGGACCUUGUGCUGAUCUCCAAAAAGAGAGAUGAGAAGCAUCGGAGAAAUUAUGGAGGAAAACCAUCAGCUCCUACUACCAGCCACUCUCUUGAGUAUGACAGGGUAUCCAGUAGCAGUACCCAAUUGUUGGAUGAUGUUGUAGUGGAGAUGGCUUCAGGUGUCACCUCGGCAGCACAAUGGGAGGACACUAGCAGCUGCUCUGAAGGUCAUGAGGACACAAGUCCAUCUUCUCCAGAACCUAUGGGUGGUGUUGCCGAGCUGCUGGAUGCAGAUGAGAGUUUGAGCUCAGGUCAGGGCCUUGAUACCAGCUCCAGUGCCCUGGCAGACAGCAUUAAUGCUACAGAUUCUCACCUGUCAGCGUUUCAACAAGAUGCAGUUAGUAAUCAAGACAGCAUUUCCGUUCAGAAUCCAGAGGUGGUGCUAGGGUCCCAAAGUCAGACUGUUGCCUCUGGAUUAUCUCGUGGGCAUGUGAGGUCAUAUUCUGAUGUAACACCAACUGUAGUUGAUGAACAGGAUUCAAGGCAAGCACAGCACACAGACAAGAAGAGUGUGAAGACAAUCCUGUCACACCUCCUGCCAACAUCCACUGGUAUGGCACCAGUACAGAGCCCAUUGAGUCCACAGGAACACCACUUUUUUCCAACUGGAUGUUCUGUCCCUGUUAUUGUGUAUGAAAAUGAGCCAUCAUCCAUCAUUGCUUAUGCCCUGAGCUCUCAGGAGUACCAACGUAGUUUGGAUGAUAUACUCGCAAAGAGGCUGACUACUUAUGAACAGACAUCACCCAGCCCAGUGCACAAGAGGAAAUCAGGUCAAUCUCAGGUGGAACGAGAGAUCAGUGGUUGUGCAGAACCAGUGCAGUUGUCUGAAUCUCGUCGUUCUGGAGUUUUGUCCUUCCUUCGAGGUUCCAACACUGCUAACAGCUUGCCGCGAUCUGGACUACUGGAUGGGGUUCAGUACAGUACAUCUCCUGCUGCUGAUACUGUAGGGUCCCCAGCAAGUGAGUCAGAUGACACAACUGGAGGCAACAUGAAGGGGAGCAGAACGCAACCACACAUUGAGGUGCAGUUUUCUGACUCUAGCUCUAACUUCUUCUGUCGAGUGUUUUUUAUAGAACAGUUUGCAGCCCUGAGGCUAAUGGUUUUACCUACAGGAGAAGAAGGAUUUGUGAGGUCACUGACAAGAUGUGUUCAGUGGGCAGCACGUGGUGGAAAAUCUGGCUCAACGUUUUGCAAAACAAGAGAUGAUCGAUUCAUUUUGAAGGAAAUGUCUCGUUUGGAGAUGCAGUUGUUUCUGGAAUUUGCCCCUAAUUACUUCAAUUAUAUUCAACGAUGUCAUACAUCUCAACAACCUACUCUGUUAGGAAAGAUUGUUGGUGUGUAUAGGAUUGUGUAUCGAAACCUUACAUCUAAUGCAACACUUCGUUCAAAUUUGCUUGUUAUGGAGAACCUGUUUUACUCACGGUCAGUUACUCACAAGUUUGACCUGAAGGGAUCUGUGCGCAAUCGGUUGGUGAAUCCAACUGCUGCUGACCGUGAUGGAGAAAUUGUUUUGCUGGAUGAAAACCUGCUCAAUAUGACAUGUGAUGAUCCCUUGUACAUCCUGCCACAUUCGAAGACAGUUCUGACACAAGCAAUCAGUAAUGACACCCAGUUCUUGGCUUCACAAUCGGUAAUGGACUACUCACUGCUGGUAGGAUUAGACAAGGAACGCAGGGAACUCGUUGUUGGUAUUAUUGAUUACAUCCGUACAUUUACUUGGGACAAAAAGCUAGAAACAAUGGUGAAAUCUUCAGGCAUACUUGGUGGGCAAGGAAAAUUGCCUACAGUGGUAUCACCAGAACUUUAUCGAGCAAGAUUUAUUGCAGCCAUGCAUCAGUAUUUCCUGCCAGUGCCAGAUCGUUGGACAGGGUUGGGCAAAGGCUUGGACUGCUAAAUCAGGUAAAAACAUCAGAAAUACAUGAAGCUCUACCUCUUAGUUUAUGAUUUCUGUAUUAUGAAACUAUUCACUUGUGUGAAAUGUGAUCCUUUCAAAAACAUGGUGUGCUUAACUAGAACAAUGGAGAAGUACAUAUCUAUAAUAUCAGGUGGCAUUUAUUUAAUGUUGUUCCAAACAGGGCUGCCGUUACAUGGUAGUAUUUACUUAUGCAACUAUGUGGCAUGUCACUGCGUUUCUGUGCGUUUCCAUUUACAACUACACGUCAUGCUUUUAAUUAACACAGCAUGUGUCUGUUUUAUUUUAAAACCAUCCAUAAAAAUACAUCUUAAAUCUACUGACCAUUUAAUAAAAUCCAUUUUCCCACAGCCUCAUAGCGUUUCGUGCAUAUGUUUUUAUACUACUACUUUGUUCAUCUCAGUUAACUCAUCCGUGUGGGUGAAGCAGAGUAAAGCGGCCCAUCCAUAUACGAGUCUGACUUGCGAGUCUGGCUCGGCGAGCUUGACUCGUGAGCCGGGCUCGGAUAUAUUUCACCACACAUGCAGAGCAGACUCGGCUCGUGACACCCCACCAACAGACGAGUUUGGCUCAGUGGAACCCGAGCCGAGCGGGACUCGUAUGUGGAUGGGCCACUUAACAUACUGAAUAAUGCAAGAUAUAUUGCCUAUACAUUUUCAUAUCUUUUGAAAGUCUGAAGAGAAAGAGUGAGCUCUUGAAGUUAUAUAUUUUGUUUGGGGUUUAUUUUGUGGUACUGUUUGGGAUUGCUCUCUGUACAAAUUGUAUCAAAUGUAAUCCAAAUUGUUGGAGCCAUUGUUGAAAAAAUAGGUUUGUGUUCAAGCUUUCAUGUAUAGUUCUCCUAAUUUGUGAGCUAUUUGUUUGAGACUCAUGUUUGUUAGGAUGUGCACACUUCAAACAGUAAAAAUUAAGGUGCAGUACAUAAACAAUAUCCCAGAAUGUUUUUUGUUCAUAGUGGGAACCUUAAACGUGGUUAUCCUCCAGAAUGUUAAGUUUGAUGUAUGUAUGUAUGUAUGUAUGUUGUGAUAUUGUAUGUUUGUGCAUUCUUUGCACAAACUGAACACAUGCAGGAGAGAUUGUUUUCCAUCUUUCAGCAUGUUUGAACUUAAGAACCACUGUAUGGAUUUUGAUGAAAUUUGGUAUGAACGUGUUGCCAUUGGAGGCUACCCUUUGAAAUCUAUAUUUAGCUUUAAAUGUAACGGCGAAUACAAAUGAACUAUUGGAGGUAGGCAGCUAAUUGCAAAGAUAGAACUUAUCUGACUCAGAACUUGUUUCUACUGAGUAUUUUGCAUUUUAUAUUGUUAAUCUAAAGUGUGUGGUACUUUUAGCUAGUAAUAAAUAUGUGCAAUAAAUUUAUUUAGUUCUUAAAUAUCAAUAUUAGGGAGAAAACUGUGAAGAAACAUUCCGUAUUAUGCCCUUCGUUAUUGUUUUGUCUGUUCCUGGAUUGCACCAUGUUAUUUCUAUAGUGCAUCUAGUAUUAAGAAUGGACUGUGUUGUUUUGAGGGCUGCUACUUCCAAAGUCACUUUUGUUUUCUGUCUUCUAUCAGCGACUUUUAAUGUCGUUGAAGUUAUUCUGAAAGAUGUUGGUGAAAGCAGUGUAGUUUACUCACUUGUACAAAAGUCUGAAAUUGCUGUAAUAUACUCAUAACAUGUUCCCAUUUAGAAUAUCAAAUUCCUAUUCGCUAAAUGUGACAGCUUUCUCAGUUACUGCCCGUUGUCUUCUUUGAUGCACAAGGACAGUCCAGUAUGCUCCAAAAUUAUGUAAACAUUGUUAAUUGUUCUGUACUACCGCAGUGAAGCAAAGUUUGUGUCGACUGAGAAUGCUGUUUUUGUAAAGUGUAAGUGCAUGAAGCACUGUAAUGUUGUUGGUAGUAGUGUCAUAUGUCAUAUAUACAAAGAAUGCUUUGAAAUUUGAUUUUGGUCCUGGAAUAAACAUUGCUUUUGUACACUGUG